GCCGUCUCCACUGAGACUCCGGAUCCUAACAGCUGGAAGCUAAAAACAGGCUCCAUGGAGUACACAGGGAGCAAAUAUAUCGGGGAAUAUGUAGAUGGGAGGUAAGAAAGGUGACCUUUACAGGGCUUGAGACACUUAUCCUACUCAGCAGGAUGGAGGGCAAAGCCAAGUACAUCCUCCCUACUGAAACAAUAUAUGUUGGGGAAAUGAAGGACGGUGUGUUUCAUGGCGAAGGAACUCUGUACUUCCCCAGCGGGAGCCAAUAUGACGCUGUUUGGGAAAAUGGAUUGGCCAUAAAGGGCACAUACACCUUUGCAGACGGGCUGCACUAUGAUGAGAAGAACUGGCAUUACUGCGACGGCUAUGAUCGGAGGUUUUACACAGAGAUCCUCAAUGGCCUGAAGCCUGCAGGUAUGGCUCAACUCACCAAUAUGGACCCACCUAGAAAAAUACCCAAGGGCUAUUACGAUUGUGGAGACGGCUUCUAUAACCCCGUCACGAGGGUAAUCAAGGACUACAGGAACCGCUUUCUGAGAAAUGCAGAUGAUGACGAGCACGAGUGGAUCACCCGUACCUGUCGAAAGGGCUAGGACGAGAUUUUGAGUCACAGGCCCGAGCUGUGAACUCUGUGGCUGCCUCCACCAGAGGUUUCCAUCUGCCCUGCUGGCACUGGCUGCCCUGGGGGACAGAACCUGACUUUUAACUUAGGAAUAAAGACUUUCUGCAGUCAGUGG